AAAUCAGUUCAUCUUUUCCGCUGCUCCGCUGUUUCCGUUCUCCCUUUUGAGGGCUUCGGGGGAAAACACAGGGAAAGGGGGAAGCACACAACUGAUUAGGAGUAGGCUUAUUUUAGAAUCUUUGAGCAAUAUCUACGACUGAAACGGAAUAAGUAUUUGUUUUCUGCUGUAAACCGCGGGAUACAGAAGAGAUUUUUCGUUCAUGAAGGCGAACGAGGCGCACACAAUAAGGACAUUCGCAACUUGGGAAAGGAGUUGCGCAUUGGAGAACAACACCUCCUGAUAAACAACAUUCCGCUAUAAAGUUGUGCCUCUAUCUGCAGCGAGGAUGGCACCAGGCUGCUUAUGUUGUAUGAAAUACAUGAUGUUCCUCUUCAACCUCCUCUUCUGGCUGUGUGGCUGUGGGCUGCUAGGUGUGGGCAUCUGGCUGUCUGUGUCCCAGGGCAGCUUCGCCACCUUCUCCCCGUCCUUCCCCUCCCUCUCGGCGGCCAACCUCAUCAUCACGCUGGGCAGCGUCGUCAUGCUGGCCGGCUUCCUGGGCUGCCUGGGUGCCGUCAAGGAGAACAAGGGCCUGCUCCUCAGCUUCUUCAUCGUGCUGCUGGUCAUUCUGCUGGUGGAGCUGAUUCUCCUAGUGCUCUUCUUUGUCUACCCUGACAAGGUGAGUGAUGGUGCCAAGCAGGACCUCAAAGACGGCCUGAAGCUCUACGACACACAGCACAACGAUGGACUGCGCAACGCAUGGAACUCCAUCCAGAGAGACUGGCACUGCUGUGGAGUGAGCGGCUAUUCCGACUGGUAUGACGCCCUGAAGGAGAGGAGGGUGCCCGACCGCUGCUGUAAAAACCACUACCAGCACUGUGGACACAACGCCUCCAGUGCAAACCUAUGGUCCCAGGGCUGUUACGAGAGAGUGGAGGAAUGGUUAGACGACAACAAACACCUGCUGGGAACUAUUGUCAUGGUCGUGUUGGUCAUACAGCUGCUUGGACUGGCCUUCUCAAUGACCCUCUACCAGCAGAUCCACCGCGCAGGGAAGAAAUACACUGCCUAGAGACACUGCAGUACUUUUAUUUUUUAAUUUUUUUGUCUUUUAUCAGUUUAUUGUUUUAUGAUAGGACAGUGAGAGAUUUGACAGGAAACGAGUGGGAAGAGAGAGAGAGAGAGAGAGAGAGAGAGAGAGAGAGAGAGAGAGAGAGAGAGAGAUGGGGAAGGUUUCGGCAAAGGACCCGGCUGGAAUCGAACCCGGGUCGCCAGCGUAGUGGCCCAGUGCCUUUCCGUUAGAACCACAGUAGGGCCAGCAGUACUUUUAUUAUGUAUAGAAAUACUACAUCCCCCACAAUUCCACGCUGCCUUAAAUGCACUGACAGUUCCAGGGUCCACCUCAAUAUCUCACCUCCCGUCUUCGCCUUGUGCCCUCCUCGUGCUUCGCUGUCGGCCCCUAAUCCGUGGAGAAUACAAUAAAAGUUUCCCCGAUGUCUGUCUACGCACGACAGAUCUUGAGGCCCUUGUUCCCCAUUCAACAUCUCUAUUGCAAAUGAGAAAAUGACUUUUGAAUUGUGCUUUUGCGAGAUAUUGAAUAAAACUGACUAUCAUCAAUGACAUCUUGCCUCACAUCACGAGGCCACAAGACGAAAGGAAAGGAAAGGACGAGAGGUUAGAUAUUGAGAUGCACUCACAAUAUCCUGCCAUGGGGUGCAUUCCAAUAUGCGGACUCCCUCCUCUGUCUGUGCUUGUGGCCUCGAGUUUUGCUGACGCCCCUCCUCCGUGGAGAAAACAAUUACGUUUUCCCGCUGUCAGCCUAGCCAUAUUUAAAUACAGUACAAUUCUAUUGUUAGUGACGUCAUCACGAGGCCACAAGGAGGCAAGUGAGCAAGGGAGGACGGGAGUCCGCAUAUUGGGAUGCACCCAUGGUGUUGGCACUUGGCACUGCCAUUUGGAGUGGACCUGUAAUAGUGUGUGUGGACCUGUAAUAGUGUGUGUGUGCGUGUGCGUGUGCGUGCGUGUGUGUGUGUGUGUGUGUGUGUGUGUGUGUGUGUGUGUGUGUAAGUGUGCGUGCGUGUGUGAGUGUGAGUGAAAGAGAGACAGAGCGAGAGAGAGACAGAGAGGGGUGUGUGUGUGUGUGUGUGUGUGUGUGUGUGUGUGUGUGUGUGUGUGUGUGUGUGUGUGUGUGUGUGUGUGUGUGUGUGUGUGAAAGAGAGACAGACAGACAGAGAAGUGUGUGUGUGUGUGUGUGUGUGUGUGUGUGUGUGUGUGUGUGUGUGUGUGUGUGUGUGUGUGUGUGUGUGUGUGUGUGUGUGCAUUGCUGAAGAGGCUUCGUCCACAUCAUCUGAGACUCUCAGCUCUCCCUCAUUACCAUUGUGUGAUGUUCGGACCAAAAGUGUUCCCUUAAGUAUUUUGUAUUCAUUAUCCUGUACAACUAUAAAACACUAUGUGCGUUGAAAUACAACAAGCUGUUUAUUUUA